AAUGCCGCACACAAUAUUCUAGAUUUAAAUUUUCGCUCCAUCAAAAGUCAAAAGAAGUAGAAGACAAAAAUGAGUGAAGUUGAAUCAGCACCUAUCCUAGCUGAGCCCCAUUUCUACUGGGGAGCUUGUUAUGUGUGCAGAAGGAAGAGUACGAAGGAGAACAGUAUGAAGAGAUGUACCAGAUGCAAAUCUGUUUAUUAUUGUUCACAGGAUCAUCAGAAACUGCACUGGAAGAAGCAUAAGAAGCUGUGUAACUACCUGGCUGCUGCAGGUCAAGAGGUGGAACAGUUCAGUUUUUUCUCUUGUAUGGGAGGAUGUGAGCAGAAGGAGUGGAAUACAUUUAGAAUGAAUGCAAUUCUAACUUGUGAGAUAAUGUUUGGUCGAGGGUUGGAGCUGGCAGAGAAGGAAAUAUUCUUGUUUCCUCGUUCUUGCAGAACCUGUCAUACUGCCCAGGACAAGAUGUAUGAUUGCGGUGAAUGUUAUUGUGUAUCCUACUGUUCAGAACAGCACCUUGAGCAGGACAAGGAGAGGCAUGAUCUGUCCUGUAGACAGCUGAAGAUAGCUAUGCUCGCAGAUGUUUAUGAGAGUGUGGUAAACGUUGGUAUGCCGGCCAUCCCUAGCAACGUAGACUCUACCUACCUGGGCACUGCUCCAGAUAUCUCGCAUUUUAUUCCAGAGCCAGAGCAGCCUACAGACCAAAUCAGUAAAGAGGAGUUGGAUCAUUGUUUCCUGACCUGCCAGGUUAGUGGAGCUCUCACUCUUCUAGAUAAUAUGGAGAAACACAACCCUGCUCUGGCAACCCAAUCAGUACUCAGGAUACACAUUGCGGGGGCGAGCAUCUAUGAGAUGAUGGGACUUAUUAAAUGGGAAUAUCUACUGCACAGAUUACCUGGAGUAAAAGAGAUAGAAUAUACAUUCAUUGGUCCUGCUCUGAUGGAGGAGGAAGAGAACCAACCAAGUGUUCCAACCUGUCAAUCCUGUCAGAGCUCAGGGAAAUCCAUUCUUUACUCCGUGUUUCCAAUGCGAUACAGUGAGUUCAAGAAACUAGACGCGUACCAACCCCCGGAUCUGGUUCUUGUUCAGAACGCCGGGUUCUCCGAGUUCGACGAUGAAGGAGAAGGAGUAUCUUGGGAUGAAGGUUGGAGUGAUAUGAAGGAUCUUGUUCCGCCGUAUCCGUCCCUGCUCAUAUUUACCGCUUAUACCUUGGGAGAAGCAGAGAAGGAUCUGGAAAGGUUUAAGAAGCACUGUGAGACUGAUCUGCUGGUUUCCUGCUCCGAGAACCCUAUGCGGAGCUGGAGACCCUGCAGAGACUGGGAGAAUGAUCAGAACAAAGAUGUUUUUUACUCUAAUCAAUACCUAUCCGUUGCCCGGAGUAAAAUUAACUAAAUUUUUCAGAAAA